GGUUACCUAGCAACAUGGGCCUGACGUCAUCCGUCCCGGUGAGACCCUGCUGCUGUGCGUUUGAUUGGAGGGAAACCCCGUGGAUGAGCUGGAGAGAACAUCAGCUGUGCGGCCGUGGCAUCAGGAGCGACACCGUUUAAAGACAUUCACAGAAGCCAUGGCAGACAAGGGAGAGCAGGUACAGAAGGCCAAACUGGCCGAGCAGGCCGAGCGCUACGACGACAUGGCCGCAGCCAUGAAGGCCGUCACUGAGGAGGGCUCGGAGCUCAACAACGAGGAGCGCAACCUGCUCUCGGUGGCCUACAAGAACGUGGUGGGAGCCAGGAGGUCCUCAUGGAGGGUGGUCUCCAGCAUGGAGCAGAAGUCAGACAGCACCAAGACUGCACUGGCAAAGGAAUACAGGGAGAAAAUCGAGAAGGAACUGAAUGACAUCUGCAAGGAAGUUUUGGAUUUACUCGACAAACAUCUCAUCCCCAAAGCUACGCCCGCUGACAGCAAAGUCUUCUACCUAAAGAUGAAGGGAGAUUACUACCGAUAUCUGGCUGAGGUGGCAACUGGAGAAGACAAGGAAACCAUCAUCAACAACUCACAAGAGGCCUACCAGAAGGCAUUGGAUAUCAGCAUCAAAGAAAUGCCUCCCACACAUCCAAUCCGUCUGGGCCUCGCACUCAACUUUUCUGUUUUCUACUACGAGAUCGUCAACUCGCCUGAUAAGGCCUGCCAACUGGCCAAAUCGGCCUUUGACGAAGCCAUAGCCAUGCUGGACACUCUCAACAGCGACUCCUACAAAGACAGCACCUUGAUCAUGCAGCUGCUCCGUGACAAUCUGACACUGUGGAUGUCGGACGCGCAGGGAGAGGGAGAGGAGGAAGGGAAGGAGACUGAGCAGGAGCCGGCAGCCGAGAACUGAACUACAGAGAGACAACGGGAGAAAAAUAAAACACAUUUUUUACCUCUCACCAGCCUAAGUUGUGUGCUUGGUUGUGUGUGUGUGUGUGUGUGUGCACAUACAUGCACAAAGAUGUAUGUUUACACUCCACUGACAGUGUGUAAAAGUACAGGAUGUGUGUGCAGAUGCAUUGAAGUGUGUGCGCGUGCAUCAGUGAGUGUGUGGUUAUUGUAUGAGCACCUCCACAGAGAAAAGAAUGGAAUAGACUUGAUUUCCUUUUGAACAUUAUUAUUAUUUCGUCAACCUGUGUAUUUUUGUUUUGUCGACUUUAGGUCCCUCCUCUAGGUCUGCCCCAAUGAUCUGUAACAUUUAUCAGUGUAGCAAGCUGCUGCUGUUGCAGGAAAACAAACAAGACAACCUCUAAUCUGUCUCUGGACAAUUUCUAUGUUUUUACUUGAACUAAACAACCUUUGUGACACUUUGGUCCACUAAACUUUCUCUGAAACCACUGUAAAAAGAGGGCAGGGCCCCUAAAUGUUCCAUCUGACAGUAAGCAGUGAUUGUACACUAAUACAGGUGAAGAUCUGUCUCCUUAGUGCUUGUAUCCAUCCCGCCCUGUUGGUGUCCCGUGUAGUGUGUUAAUGGAUGGUACAUGUUUCAGGAAGUGUUUUCUGUUUGGACGAUCACUUACACGUUGGUCCAUUUGUUAAGCGACCUAUUAUCAACAGUGAAAUGUGUAAUCUUUGAUUUCCUGCAGUUUUUCAUACCACAUAAAAGUUAACAGCCUAAGACAACAACUUGAUUAAAAAUGGCUCGAUACUGUAACCUUUUGAUAUUUUAACUCUUUAGCAGUGCAGAGGAUACUUUUUGCCAUGCGCUUUUAUGUGGCUUUCUACUCUUUUUCUAUUCAGGUAUUCUUUUCCAUUUUAAUUUUCUGUAUUUUAUUCCCUUAGACUCCUGGAGAAUGUAUGUGGUUCUCAGUAGUGUGGUGUGGGGGUUAGGCAUGUUUCAGAACUGGCAGUUUUGGUUUAGUAUUUAGCUUUAACCUGGUGUUUUAACAUAUUUACCUUUUUGUAUGGGAGUAAAUCAUGAUGUGGAGUAAAAAGUGAGCAUAGAAAUUGUUGUAGAAAGCUUCAUUAAAAGCCAUUUUGUAGUUACAAAGUAGUGCCAGUUUCUUCUAAUUACAGUAUUUUGGUUUAAAAGAAAAGGUGGGAUACAGAAUUUGCAAGUUACACAAUGAGUGGAUUAUUUGGUUAUGUGCUUUCAUGUAAGUGGAAUUAAAGCAUUCAAACUGA